AUGGGUGGGAUGGGCACAUCAUUUUUGUGACCAAUUUCCAUUUGCUUGCAUAGCUCUCAAGAAAUGGAAGCCCCUCAUCUUCUCAUGGUAGCUAUCUGUUGCUUAUCAUUGCUAUCAAGUGGAGCAGCAGCAGCAUCAGCAGCGAAGGUCGGUGGGGAGUUCAGCUAUGAUCCAUGUAGCGACAGAGGGCCUAAGCAUUGGGGAGAAUUGAAUAUGGAUUGGGGAAUGUGUAAGAAUGGCAAACUCCAGUCCCCUAUUUCCUUGUCAAAAUGGACUGCUCAUUUAAACCAGGGCUUGGGUGAUCUUAGACGAAGACAUAGACCUGCUAAUGCCUAUCUCAAGAACGAUGGCCAUGAAAUUGUUGUAGAUUGGGACGGAAAUGAUGCUGGAUCAAUCAAGAUCAAGAACAUUGAUUACCAGCUUGUAAAUUAUCAUUGGCAUCAUCCUUCCGAGCAUACCCAAGAUGGCAAAACGUUUCCUUUGGAGCUUCACAUGGUCCACAUCAACAACGUAACAAAGAACAUAGCUGUUAUUGGCAUUUUAUACGAAUACGGACCACUCGAUCCAUUCAUCUAUAUGUUAGAAAGGGACAUACAAAAUCUAGAUAUUGAUGGAGGUGUGGAAUUUCUUGGGCAAGUGGAUCCUAGAGACGUAAAGCUUGGAGGAAGGAAAUACUUUAGAUACAUGGGAUCUCUGACCACUCCUCCGUGUACUGAAGGUGUCACUUGGACUGUCAUGGACAAGGUACAAACUGUGGCACCUUAUCAAGUCCGGCUUCUUAAACGAGCUUUGGUUGAAGAGAAGAAUGCGAGGCCUUUGCAAAAGAUCAACGGUAGAAAUGUCUCCUACUUUGACCCAUACUCAUGGGUGGGAAGUGUAGCAGCUGAGUAGACGUUUCUGCCCAAUUCUUAACUGCCACGUAUUACUUAGAAUAAAAGACCGUGGGAUUUUGUCAAAUCCUAUGUUUAUUAAAUGCUUUGGAUAAUGUUUCUGAAAUUUCAAUAAUCAAUAAUUGUGACUUUGUCUUCCAAACAAAAGUGUUUUUUUCUAUUUGGUUGUUUUGGUU